ACCGUCAGGCUGAAAAUAUUUUCCCGUGGUGAACUCGGUCCUCCAUUUUCAUUUUUUACUUAGCAUGUAAAACGAGUGUCAGGUUUGGAGAUAACACCUGAAGUAUAGAUCCGCGGAGUGACACGGAAUUAGUAGGCGGAACACUGAAUAGUCAAGAUGGUGGCUGCAAAACUGCGAGCCACGAGGUUUGGUAAACAGCUUCAGGGAUUAAACUAACUCUGGAAUUUGGAAGCAAGUAAAGUUCCUGCGGCCGCGGUGUUUAGCUGGAAGUUCCAUGCAUCGCUGAAAAGAUUGAAUUUUAUUUUGCGUCUUAGUACUCAGGUCGGACAUGGAGCCAGCGUCCGAAGAUUUCCUACCGCCGCCUGAGUGCCCGGUGUUCGAACCUAGCUGGGCAGAAUUUCGAGACCCCCUUGGCUACAUAGCCAAGAUCAGGCCGAUUGCAGAGAAGUCCGGCAUUUGCAAGAUACGCCCACCUGCGGAUUGGCAACCUCCUUUUGCAGUAGAAGUUGACAACUUUAGAUUUACUCCUCGAAUCCAGAGGCUGAAUGAACUGGAAGCUCAGACAAGAGUGAAACUGAACUAUUUGGAUCAGAUUGCAAAGUUCUGGGAAAUCCAAGGCUCUUCAUUAAAGAUUCCCAAUGUGGAGCGGAAGAUCUUGGACCUCUACAGUCUUAGUAAGAUUGUAAUGGAAGAGGGUGGCUAUGAAGCCAUAUGCAAGGACCGUCGGUGGGCUCGGGUAGCCCAGCGCCUUAAUUACCCACCAGGAAAAAAUAUCGGAUCUCUGCUACGAUCUCACUAUGAACGCAUCAUUUACCCCUAUGAAAUGUUUCAAUCUGGAGCCAACCUUGUGUGUAAUACACAUCCAUUUGACAGUGAGGAAAAAGACAAGGAAUACAAGCCCCAUAGCAUCCCCCUUAGACAGUCUGUCCAGCCUUCAAAGUUCAGCAGCUACAGUCGGCGGGCAAAAAGACUACAACCUGAACCAGAGCCCACAGAAGAGGACAUUGAGAAAAACCCAGAGCUAAAGAAACUACAAAUAUAUGGGGCAGGCCCCAAGAUGAUGGGCCUGGGGCUUGUGGCUAAGGAUAAAACUCUACGGAAGAAAGGUAAAGAAGGGGUUAUGUCGUGUCCCCCAACUCUUACGGUGAAAGAAGAACAUGGUGGGGAUGGGAAAGUAGUAUCAGCAUUAUCUAAAGAGGACUUGAGUCACAGCAUAGAACCCUGCACCAAAAUGACUAUGCGACUCAGGAAGAAUCACCACACUACCCCAUUUAUUGAUUCAUAUAUUUGCCGAAUAUGCUCCCGGGGGGAUGAAGAUGAUAAACUGCUUCUCUGUGAUGGUUGUGAAGAUAAUUAUCACAUCUUCUGCCUAUUGCCACCCCUUCCUGAGAUUCCUAGAGGGGUGUGGAGAUGCCCAAAAUGCAUCUUGGCAGAGUGUAAACGGCCCCCUGAAGCUUUUGGUUUUGAACAGGCUACCCAGGAGUACACUUUGCAGAGUUUUGGUGAGAUGGCUGAUUCCUUCAAGGCUGACUACUUCAACAUGCCUGUACAUAUGGUGCCUACAGAAGUUGUGGAGAAGGAAUUCUGGAGGUUGGUGAGCAGCAUUGAGGAAGAUGUGACAGUUGAAUAUGGAGCAGACAUUCAUUCCAGAGAAUUUGGCAGUGGCUUUCCUGUCAGCAGUAAUAAACGGAACCUGUCCCCUGAGGAAGAGGAGUAUGCAACCUGUGGUUGGAACCUGAAUGUGAUGCCCGUGCUGGAUCAGUCUGUUCUCUGCCACAUCAAUGCAGACAUCUCAGGCAUGAAAGUGCCGUGGCUGUAUGUGGGCAUGGUUUUUUCAGCAUUUUGUUGGCAUAUUGAGGAUCACUGGAGUUACUCCAUUAACUACCUGCACUGGGGUGAGCCAAAGACCUGGUAUGGAGUACCCUCAUUGGCAGCAGAGCAUUUGGAGGAGGUGAUGAAGAGUCUGACACCCGAGCUCUUUGAUAGCCAGCCUGACCUUCUACACCAACUUGUUACCCUCAUGAAUCCCAACACCCUCAUGUCACAUGGUGUGCCAGUUGUCCGCACAAAUCAGUGUGCAGGUGAGUUUGUCAUCACUUUUCCCCGUGCUUACCACAGUGGCUUUAACCAAGGCUACAACUUUGCUGAGGCUGUCAACUUUUGUACUGCUGACUGGCUACCUGCUGGACGCCAGUGUAUUGAACACUACCGCCGGCUUCGGCGCUAUUGUGUCUUCUCCCAUGAGGAGCUUAUUUGCAAGAUGGCUGCCUUCCCAGAGAAGUUGGAUCUGAAUCUAGCAGUGGCUGUGCACAAGGAGAUGUUCAUUAUGGUUCAGGAGGAGCGACGUCUACGAAAGGCCUUGUUAGAGAAGGGCAUCACGGAGGCUGAGCGAGAGGCUUUUGAGCUGCUUCCAGAUGAUGAACGUCAGUGCAUCAAGUGCAAGACUACAUGUUUCCUAUCAGCUCUAGCAUGCUACAACUGCCCAGAUGGCCUUGUCUGCCUAUCACACAUCAAUGAUCUUUGCAAGUGUUCAAGUAGCCAGCAGUACCUACGAUAUCGUUAUACCUUGGAUGAGCUGCCAACCAUGCUGCAUAAGCUGAAGGUUCGGGCUGAGUCUUUUGACAAUUGGACCAGCAAAGUGCGAGUGGCCCUAAAGGUGGAGGAUGGGCGGAAGCGCAGUGUUGAAGAACUAAAGGCACUAGAGUCUGAGGCCCAUGAAAGGAGGUUUCCUAAUAGUGAGCUCCUUCAACAGUUGAAGAACUGCCUGCAUGAGGCAGAGGCUUGUGUUUCCCAAGUCCUGAGGCUGAUCAGUGGCCAAGAAACCAGGAUGGAAGCCCCGCUACUUACUUUGCCAGAGCUUCAGAUCCUUUUUGAGCAGAUGGGCAGCCUGCCCUGUGCAAUUCAUCAGAUUAGGGAUGUUAAGGAUGUCCUGCAACAGGUGGAGGCCUACCAGGUUGAGGCUCGUGAGGCUCUGACCUCAUUGCCCCCAAAUAUAGGGCUGUUGCAAUCCUUAUUGGAGAAAGGACAGAAGCUGGGUGUGGAAGUACCUGAAGCCCAUCAGCUUCAGCAACAGGUGCAGCAGGCACAAUGGCUAAAUGAAGUGAAGCAGACAUUGGCCCCCUCAGCCCAAAGGAGGUCUCUUGUUGUCAUGCAGGGGCUGUUGGUAAUGGGUGCCAAGAUAGCCUCCAGCCCUUCUGUGGACAAGGCGCUGGCUGAGCUUCAAGAACUGCUGACUAUUGCAGAACGCUGGGAAGAAAAAGCCCAUUUCUGUCUGGAGGCCAGGCAGAAACAUCCUCCAGCCACAUUGGAAGCUAUAAUUCGUGAGGCAGAAAACAUUCCUGUUCACCUGCCUAACAUUCAGGCACUCAAAGAAGCUUUAACUAAGGCACAUGCUUGGACAGCUGAUGUGAAUGAAAUUCAGAAUGGUGACCACUACCCGUGCUUGGAUGACUUGGAGGGUUUGGUAGCAGUGGGCCGGGACCUGCCUGUAGGUUUGGAGGAAUUAAAACAGCUGGAGCUUCAGGUACUGACAGCACAUUCCUGGAAGGAAAGGGCUUCCAAGACCUUUCUCAAGAAGAAUUCUUGCUACACCCUGCUGGAGGUCCUUUGCCCAUGUGCAGAUGCUGGCUCAGAUCGCAUCAAGCGCAGUCGUUGGGUGGAGAAAGAGCUGGGGUUAUACAAAUCUGACACAGAGCUACUGGGACUGUCUGCUCAGGAUCUCAGGGAUCCAGGCUCUGUGAUCAUAGCCUUCAAGGAGGGGGAACAGAAGGAGAAGGAGGGUAUCCUGCAGCUGCGUCGCACCAAUUCAGCCAAGCCCAGUCCACUGGCAUCGUCGACCACGGCCUCUUCUGCAACCUCCGUCUGCGUGUGUGGGCAAGUGCCAGCCGGGGUGGGAGCUCUGCAGUGUGACCUGUGUCAGGACUGGUUCCAUGGGCGGUGUGUGUCGGUGCCCCGCCUCCUCAGCUCCCCAAGGCCCAGUCCCACCUCAUCCCCGCUACUGGCCUGGUGGGAGUGGGACACCAAAUUCCUAUGCCCACUGUGCAUGCGCUCACGGCGCCCACGCCUGGAGACCAUCCUGGCACUGCUGGUAGCCCUACAGAGACUGCCUGUGCGGCUGCCUGAGGGUGAGGCCCUACAGUGCCUCACAGAGAGGGCCAUCAGCUGGCAAGGCCGUGCCAGACAGGCUCUAGCCUCUAAAGAUGUGAUUCCUCUGUUGGGACAACUAGCUGAGCUUCGUCAGCAGCUUCAGACUGAUCACAAGUCCAAGACACCCCAUACCAAUUCUUCAGUCCCUGCCUCUGAAUCUAUCAGAGAAGCCAGAAGCAACACUGUGCUUAAGGUGGAGGGUUUUCCGGAGACUGGAGAAAGCAUGACCAGUCUUGAGAAGUUAGCUUCAGGGGAGGUCUCAGAUAAAAGUGAUCUGGAACUGCUAUCCUCAUUGUUGCCAAAGUUGACCGGUCCUGUGUUGGAACUGCCAGAGGCAACCCGGAUUCCCCUAGAAGAGCUCAUGAUGGAGGGGGACUUGCUUGAGGUGUCCCUGGAUGAGAAUCACAGCAUCUGGCAGCUGCUACAGGCUGGACAGCCUCCAGACAUAGAGCGGAUCCGCACACUUCUGGAGCUUGAGAAGCCUGGUCAUCAAAGAAGUCAUACACGGGGCCAGGCACUAGGGAGACAACAACGGAGGCGGAGGCAAAAAGUGGAUCAGGGAAGGAAGGGUGAGGAUCUUAUUCAAGAAGAGGUACAGUCAAAAAGGGUCCGGAGCUCAGGGAUUAAACUUCAGGAAGAGUCAUUCAAAGAAGAAACAGACAAUGAAAAUCUGUUCCUGACAUGCCCUGGAGACCACAGUCCUAUCUUGGAAGAGAACCAGGAUAGCUUACAACAGAAAGAUCAGUACCCUUCAGCUUCUCCUCUAAUGCCUUUGCUCCCUCAAUCCUCCCAUCACCAGCAAGAGUUGUGACAGUAGCACACAUGGUGGUUUUACUUUCUUUUUAAGCUCUGCCUCCUGGUCAGGACUUAAGUAGUGGUGUAGACUUAUUUCCUAUCCAGAAUCUGUCAUCAGAUUUUAAAUCCUAAUGAUACCAUAAUACCAUAUUAAUGGUCCUCUGUUCCCAAGAACCACUUUCUGUUUGCCUCCUGCCAGAAAUCUCUUGCCAGCAACAACCCUGGGAUUAGCACAGAGAAAGUGAUUUCUUCACCCAGCUUAAUUCUAAUAAGGAUAGGAACAAAUAAAAUUUGAGAAAGGCCAAGCUUAAGACCUUCUCCCAGUCCACUUUGUCUGAAACACCCUUAUCUUGAUCUUGUAUCUUUAAAAUAUUUUGGUGCUUCAAGGCUUCAUCUUCUCCUUUUUUCCUUCCCUUGGUUCACACUGUAAGAAAAAAACAUUGUAUGUUGUAAUUAUUUGCUAAGGGCAAAAAAAGUAGGGUGAAAAUUUGAAAGUAUUGGUUUCAGUUGU